UACCGCCAUCCUUAUAAACCCUACCUGCGGCCUUUCCAAUCCUUUACGAACCCUAGAGGACGGCCUCCCAGCUGCUGCUUCAGAAGACGCACAGUGAUUCAAUCGAUUUGCAGCAAUGGCCCCUCCUAAAGAUAGCAAGCCGAAGUCAGAUGCCAAGGCGCAGGCAGUCAAGGCUGCUAAGGCAGUGAAGUCUGGCCCAACUUUCAAGAGGAAGGCCAAGAAGAUCAGGACCAAGGUCACGUUCCACCGCCCAAGGACAUUGAAGAAGGAGAGGAACCCCAAGUACCCAAGGAUCAGUGCACCUCCCAGGAACAAGCUUGAUCACUACCAGAUUCUGAAGUUCCCUCUGACCACCGAGUCUGCCAUGAAGAAGAUUGAAGACAACAACACACUGGUGUUCAUCGUUGACAUCCGCGCUGACAAGAAGAAGAUCAAGGCUGCUGUGAAGAAGAUGUAUGAUAUCCAGGCCAAGAAGGUCAACACCCUCAUCAGGCCUGAUGGUACCAAGAAGGCAUAUGUUAGAUUGACGCCGGACUACGACGCAUUGGAUGUGGCAAACAAGAUUGGCAUCAUCUAAGUUGGUUUCCAUGCCGUUUCCUUUCUCAGGGAUUUGCUUGAUACAUUGUGUUAGACUAAACAGUUUUGUUAUGAUGAUGCAAUGCGAGGUUGGAGUUUGUAAGCCUUUGUUACUGGUUAUGGCUCUGUCUCUUCUCGACUUACAAUCUGGACAAUCUAGCCUUCAGCUAUUAUCAGUUCACUUCUCCUGAAUCCAGUUAUAGAUAAUCUCCCUAAUCUCCCAUAGUCUGCCAUUACUUUGUGUUGUAUUGUAUGGUACCCUUUAUGUUGCUGCAAUUCUAUCUGAUUCUCACGAUUGUGCGAUUCUGGUUGCGC